GUCCGCCCAAACGAAACCAAACAAUUGCAAGGACACGAGGCUGGCCGGAGCUUGCGGGCGAGCCGGGGAGGUGGGGGGGGGGAGAGAGAGAGAGAGACGGAAGAGUCAAGACUUCCUCUCGCCUCUCCCCUCUCUGAUUGGCUUGGGGAGGUUAUGAAACCCUUGAAUGGGGCGUCGCGAGCCACCUUGGCCGCAAAAAAAAAAAGCCACCCGGUUCAAAAAAGCGGCGCUGCCGGCAGGCGAAGGCUCCGCGGAGGGAGGCGAGGCGAGGCGCCGGGUGAGGGGACACCACCAGCAGCAGCAGCAUGAAGUCGGCCGCCGUGGUGCUGGCGGGGCUGCUGGUGCUCGCCGCCUAUUAUGUCUACCUGCCGCUGCCCAGCACCGUCUCGGACCCGUGGCACCUCAUGCUGCUGGAUGCCUCGUUCAGGGUGGCUCAGAAAACGUGCAACCUGGCUCAUUCCCUGGGACUCGGACAUCAUCUGAGACUUUUGAAUUUUGUGAUUUGUUCCUUUGACAAGCUAAACACCCAGUCCUCGGAAAAAGUGAAGAUAACAGAUACUCAGUUUGACGGCGUGGAAGUCAGAGUAUAUGAGCCUUCCACAGGAGGAAGAGAGAAGACACUGAGACGCGGUGUGGUCUAUGUUCAUGGAGGAGGAUGGGCAUUAGCAAGUGCAAGAGGAGGUUACUAUAAUAAUCUCUGCUUGAUUAUGGCGGAAUCUCUGGAUGCUGUGAUCGUCUCAAUUGAGUACAGGCUGAUGCCCAACGUCCAUUUCCCUGUGCAGUUUGAGGAUGUCCUGCAUGCCACAAAGCAUUUCAUGCGCCCUGAAGUCCUAGCUCAAUAUUCAGUGGAUCCCAGCCGAGUUGCAAUUUCUGGCGAUAGUGCAGGAGGAAACCUGGCAGCUGCUGUGUGCCAAGAGAUGAGUCAAGAGGAGAAUAUCACCAACCGGUUUAAGCUGCAGGCUCUCAUCUAUCCAGUCCUUCAGUCAUUUGAUUUUAAUACCCCCUCGUAUCAGCAGAAUGAAGUCACCGCCAUCCUCCCCCGCUUUAUCAUGGUGAAGUUCUGGAUUUACUAUUUGAAUGGAAGCUACGACUUUGCCUAUUCCAUGGUGGCCAACAACCACACUGCCCUUGACGUGAGCCAGGUUGGGCCUUUCAGAGAACACCUUGACUGGACUUUCCUCUUGCCUUCAAGGUUCCGAAAAAACUACCAGCCCGUAACACCUUCAGCAGGGGAGGCAGAAAUCAUCCAAGCCUUACCGGCGCUGCUAGACGUCCGCGCGGCUCCAUUGCUGGCCGAGAGAGAAGUUCUCCGCCUUCAGCCAAAGACUUACAUCCUGACAUGCGAGAUUGAUAUCCUGAGAGAUGAUGGGCUGAUGUAUGCCAAGCGGUUAGAGAAAGCUGGGGUGGAGGUGACUGUCGACCACUUUGAAGACUGCUUUCAUGGGUGCAUGAUCUUCACCACGUGGCCGACCGAUUUCUCUGCAGGCCAUCGCACGAGGGACAGCUGUAUCAAGUGGCUGAGUCAAAACCUGUAAAAAAAAAAAAGACCCAGCAGCCUACAAACAGACAUACACACAAAAACCCCAAACUGGUUCCAGAGUUAUGUGCGCCCCCUCCUUAUGCAAUCUUGUGCCAGCUGUUGAAGGAACUUUGUGGUAAAAUAUCAGUUGCAGAACUGACUUGCACAGCCUCUGUGCUGCUAUUUUGUGAAGAAAGGCAAUUUGUCUCCAUCAUGAUCUUAAAUGUACUGUAAGAUCUUAAAUGUACUGAUCAGUAUUUUUGAAAUGUGGGUUGUUGUGGUGGUUGGUUGGUUUGUUUUUGGACUACAACUCCAGCAUGACUAGGGGUUCUGGCAGUUGUAGUCUGAAAAGAGAUAAUUUCCAGGCUUUGGAUCUGAUCUAUGUGUGCAGGAGAAAGAGAAAGGUUUGUUAAGCUGUUUCACUUCAGAUUUCAAGAUAUUUUAAUAUUCUUCCACAUAAAACAUAAAACACCCUUCAAAUGGAACGCCAAUACAUUGGCUGGAAAUAUUCUAUCAAGUUCUCUGCCUACAAGGUAGGGUGGCACCCUUGCCCCUACCAUAACCAUAUUGUAAAGUGGUGCAGUUCGUUAUACGCUAUCAUUCUGCAGCAUCGCCAUGCUUGAGUUCCCUUCAUAUUGUGGCCAAAUUUCAAAUUGUGUUUAAGAUUAUUUCCUUCACAGUUAAUCUUUAUUAACUUCAAGUAACCUACUAACUGUUGCAAUUGUAAACUAGCAGCCCCUCGUCUGCAGUGUUCCAUCAUGACCAAAUUUGAAGAGGGGUGUAGCUACUGGCAGGCAACACCGUCAAUGGUUUUUAACCCAGACUAGAAGGAACAGUUCAUACAUAAGGGCUGCCCAAUGUGGGAAGCGACCAACCCAAUGUAGGCCUUCUACUGCCUUUGUGGUGUGCUUUACACUGCCUGAUCCCCUUUUAGAUUUUGGGGCAGAGAGCCCAAAGAAAAGGUUCACCAAGCCUGAGGAGACCUUUCCUUCGCUUGGUGGGUAACAAGUUCGGCAGGCCUCAUAGAAAUGGAAGGAACUCCACCAUAUCUUAUAGUGGUGGUGGUGGUGGUGGGGAAUGUUCCUAUGUAUAAAUUCCAGAAGAGUCUGUGGUGGAAGAAAUGGCUUGGGAAAUUGUUACUUUCUCAAGAUUGACCACAUGCAUUUUAAGCAGGGAAGUAAAGAUCUCUCUUUACCACCUAGGAAAGGAAGGAUUGUUGUCUUGACAUUUGACUGACUCUAAAGGAGGGUAAUAGUAUAACAGUGUAACACAUGUUCUACAUGUAGAAGGUCGAGAGUUGAAAUCACAUUGUCUCUAAGAAGGGCUUGGAAAUAUGCCUAUCUUAAACUCUAGACAACUGCCACUAUUCAGUGUACAUAAGAUGGACUGUGCUGUUGUUGUUUUUAAUUUAACCUGAGGCAAUUGCCCUCCCUCGGUUGCCUCUUAGCCACUUUUUGUCCUGAGAUCAGUGCAGGAUGAGGCUUCCUGGUGGAACUGUGGAGCCUUCUCUAGUAAACUGCAUGAUGUUAACAUGUUUUGUCUGCUAUCAAAUCCUGUGAUGAAUGAUAAUAAUAAUAAUAAUAAUUGUGUGCUGUCAAGUUGAUUCCUAGGUGUAAAGCACUCAGAAGUGUUUUACCCAUUUCUUCUGAGGCGCGCUCUGGAACCAUGUAGGUGAAACGGCCUGGGCCUUCUCCAGGCAGGCACUGUACAGAAUCAGGCUCUCAGCCUUUGCAACCAGGCCCUCCAACUCACUGAGCCAUCCAGCUAGCAAUACCUAAUCUUUAAUUCAUUACACUAAUUCUGACCAUCAUGCGACUGUAAAACGUGAACUUGACAUUGGGACUAUAUGAGGACUAUAUAAAAUAGCCCCUCGACUCUUGAUUUAUGAGAGGGCUGAGCAAAUGCAGUGCACGACAUAUAGGCAGGCAGCCCCUUUGUGCCUUGGAGGAGAGGAGGCAUCAGAGGAAUAUCACUGUAUUUGACCCUAUCAUAUCCUCUUUCAUCAGCUUUCUUCAAAAACAGCUGACAUCACAACAUCUUUUGAGCAGAGUGUUAUGCCUGUUUCUCCCUUUUAUUUGCUGUUAUGCCCUCAUGCACUUUUUACUUUUGCUGCUUACAUCUCUGAAUUAUUAACGGUAAGUAUUGAGAAGAUUCUACAGGAAUAAGGACAUAUUUCAACAUAUAAUGUGUUUACCCCUUAGGUUUGGAUGAACUCUCAGCCCUCUGAAAAUUUUGGACUUCAGUUCCCUGAAGCCCCAACCACAGCAUGGCUAAGAGAAAACAAUUACGAGAGUUUUGGGAAAGUCAAGUUAUCUCCAUCCUUUCAUGUGGUAUAUAUGUCUGGAUGAAUGAGAGGACCUGAAAUUAGAAUAAAUUCAGGUUCCACACCUUUAAUACAUUUCUAACAUGCCUGAUACGUUUGAAAAUUUACACUGCAUUAGAUUAGUCCUCUCUUUAUAUUCGAUUUCCAGAUAUGCAUCAAUGCAGUUGUAACCUAAUAGCAUCCAGUGUUUAUCAUCAAAUGAGCAGGCAGAGUCAGCCUCCAGUGACAGCAGUCAAAUUUCCUGCUCCCACAUCUGCCCCCUCUAGCAAUUAUAUUUGAAAUUAGAAAACACUGUGACCACAAAUUAAAGUGUAAGUUGGAGUAGAGCACUUACAGUUUCUCUUAAAAAAAGAAUCACAGUGCAUUUCCGAAAUAAAGAUGAAAGGAAGAUAAUAGGUGCAUCACUGCAUCAUGGGAUGAUCCAAAAAAAAAAAGUGCAAUUGUUUUUCCCCAUUUUCCAAAUAAAGCAUUAUAUUACUGAAUGCAUUAUCAAGCAACAUGCACACUUCCCCUGGAAUCCUGAUACACUGCACAUGCACAUCCAAGGGCACAUUGUGCUCACUGAGAAUCGCCAUGCAACAGAUUAAACAGUAGAAACAGAAUCUAGCUUUAACAAGACAGACGUGUGUACUAAUUACAGUGUUUGGCUGGGUCUCGAGAAACAGAAGGUUCAGGUCCUGAAUCAACAAUGAAAAUUCACUCUCAGUCUGACCUAUGUCACAGGCCUGCUGAGUGAGAAAGUGGUGGAAAAGAAGAGCCAUGUAGGCCACACUGAACUGAAAGGAAAGGCAGGAUAGACAAAAGAAGAGUCAGCUGAUCUUUAUUUCAGAUGGAUCACAGCCUGCAUUUCUGCCUACGAUGUUCAGGGAGGGUGAUAUAUCACCAGACAGCUAAUAUGAAAAUCACAUAAAUUAUAAAAUUGGAGGUAAAAGAUGGAGAAGCUCUAUUCUUUCUGAAGAAACAACAGCAAAAUAUAGGUACACACUAUUAAAUGUUAAUAACAACAACUAAAGUAAAGCUGAAGAUGAACACUAAAAACAUAAUACCAAAAUGUAAUAUAAGUAAUAUUCUCAAAGUAUUUAAACACUGUAAAGAGCAGGUUUGCAUUAUUAAGCUCAACUGAACACGAAACAGAACUGUGGAUUGAAACUAGAACUAUUGUCAGGAAAUAAUGCAAACAAAGUGUUUCCAUAACCAAAAUUAAAGAAAAGCUUUGAAACUAAAAAUAGUUAACAGAAGAUGAGAAGUAAAAGGUGCAUAAGCCACCUCCAAAAAGGCCUAUCAUUAACAGCCUGGUUCAGCUUUUGCAAAUUAAAGGCUGCAUCUCGCUUUUUUUCCUGUGAAUUUUGUCUUCUCAUUAUGUGUCCAAACCACUACAGUCUCAAUUAAACCAUUUUGAUUCUAGGGAGAGUUCAGGCUUGAUAUCUAGCAUCCACUUAUUUGUCUUUCUGGUACUCCAUGAUAUUCAUAAAGAUUUUCUCCAGUCAUACUUUUCAAAUUAAUCAGUUUUUUAAAAUCUGAAUCCAUUUUUCAUCAAUCAAAAUUGUAACUGCACCCUAGAAAUGGGUGUCAGCGUCCUGUAUUAUAUAUUUGCCUAGAGACUGAACAGAAAGAUGAACUGUACCCUCAUCUAGUACAAGAACCAUGGAACUAUGGAAAAUCAUCCUGUUUCUUUAUAUUCUUUUUUGCCAUAUAUGGAGAGAGAGAUGUAUGAUGCUUGAUGUUCAAGCCAGAUUUGGAAAAGAAAGAGGCAGUGGAGAUCAUAUAGCAAGUACAGUAGUGUAUGAAAUUAUUUGUGGGGGUGAAAUCCAUCCAUGCUGUAUAGAUUAUAAUAAAGCCUUUGACUGUGAAGAUCAUUAAACGUUAUGGAUCCUUCCAAAAUAAAAGUGUGUGCCACAACA